UCGAUACGAAACGCAAUAGAUGCAUCAACUACCGGCAAAACAAUGAUCGCUCUCAUUUUUGUGAUUUUUUUGCGUGUCGCUUUCACAUCAUCGGAUCAAAUGUUGGAGAGAGCGCAUAAGGCGGGCGCAUCGAUUGAGUGUCAUUAUGUAACGACUGAAGAUGGAUACAUUUUACGGCUUUAUCAUAUCCCACCCAUGCCAAAUGCAACCACCGGAUCAAAUGAAACCAAAACGAUCUUCUUCAUGCAUGGCCUGCAAUCGUCCUCAUUGGAUUAUGUCAUUUAUCCCAAUAUUUCAUUGGGAUUUUAUUUUUCGUCACUUGGUUUCUCAGUCUGGUUCGGAAACGCUCGAGGAAAUACAUUUUCACGGAAUCACACCACACUCGAUCCAGAUAAAAGUCGAUUUUGGUCGUUCAGUUUCCACGAAAUAGCAAUCUAUGAUUUGCCUGCACAAAUUGAUUUCAUUCUAGCUCAAACCAAUCGAACACAACUCAUUUACGUUGGUCAUUCGCAGGGCGGGAAUAUCAUUUUUAUUUUGCUUAGCGAACGACCGGAAUACAAUAAAAAAAUUGCACUUGUACACGCCAUGGCUGCAGCUGUGUUUAUGGUAAAAAGCGAUUCCAAUGCGCUGCUAAAUCCACUGUUGGAUAAUUUAGACGAUUUAAAGAUUUUCGUGGAACAAAUUCAAUUUUACGAAUUCAAUAGCUUUCGAAGAAAUUCGAAAUUUCUCCAGCCUCUGGGUGAAUUAUGCACCGAUCCAUUCGUUACCAAGCUUUGUGAAUGCAUACUAAGUCAUCUGUUCGGUUCAUUUGCACCGGGCAGCUAUUAUAAAGAAUUGUUACGAGAAUAUUCAUCUAUAAAUCCGAGCGGUAGCAGCUAUAUGCAAUACGUACAUUUUGGCCAACUUUUUGUAUCAGGACGCUUCCAGAAAUUCGACCAUGGACCUAAUAAAAAUAUGAAGCUGUACAAUAGUACAAAACCGCCAGAGUAUAACUUAUCAAAUGUCCAAACCAAAGUGCACGUUAUGUUUGGUACAAAUGAUAAUUUGGUUGUUCCAGAGAGUAUACCAAAAUUAUUAAGCAAAAUAAACAAGAAUGUGGUUGCGGUGGACGAAGUGACUGAUUUCAACCAUUUAGAUUUUGUUAUGGGUCGUCUUGUACAUAAAAUUCAAGCGAUCAUUCUACGGGUCAUAAAUGCACAUACGUAAACCAUAUGGAAAAUGUAAACCAAAUAGAAAGAAAUUUUCAACCAACAAAAAAAGCAAUAUCGUUGCGGAUGUGUGUGAAUAAAAAGAGUUUAUUUUCGAAAAAAAAAUUCGGAAAUAUUAGUUUCCGAAUAUUUCUUUUUCUAUCUCUUGAAUCAGUCCAUAAAAAUCAGCCACACACAUCAGCUGUUUUAUUACAUUUUCAGCAUUGUGUCGAAUGAACAAGUGAACAAGUAUGUGUGUGUGUCUUUAAACAUUGUUGAGUCAACAGCACACUCAAUUCAACAACAGAAACAAAACUCAAACAAAAACAUUGCUACAUGGUAAUCGCAAUAACCAUUCUGCCACAUAUUAAUUUGACGAAUCAUAAAUUUUGAUGGUGCUUGUUGAACUUUGUUUUAGAGAAUGUUUCAAGUGUUUUGUUUAACCAGUGUGUGGAUACAUUGUCAUCAGUAGCGUAGGAAAAGUGUGUUUGAAAUUUUCGAUAUAUUUUUUUAUCUUUCAGUUAUUCUUUUUGUGGUUUUUGCUAAUAUUUUUUGGGGGGGGAGAAAAUUUCAUUUGGGAACGGACUGGUUUUAACCCCAAAUUCCGCUAGUUAUGCCACUGAUUGCCACUCAAUGUGUAUAUACACAUAUGUAACCAGCAGAGGGAAGUGUUUUAUUUGUUGCGUUUAGUUGAUGAAUACUCUUUCGAACGAAAGAGAAAGAGAGGAUGAAGAAAAAACGAUGAUCAAGUCUUCCGAAAAACGAUGGAUUGCAUGAAUGUUGUGCAUGAGUUUUUUUUUUUCAUUUUUCGGGAGCACUUAACAUUUGUUCAGAGCAAAACGAGAACUGACCUAAAAAUUUUCACUUUAUUGCCAUAUUGUAGCUUUUAAAUAGAAAUGAAGGGCGGACGGACGCUUUUUCGAUUGCGAAACUUGUCCCGUUUUGCCGCUGCAAUUCAGCAGAAAAAUCGGGACUCAUUUGGUAGUAGGAAAAAAUCACAUAAAUCGAGUAGAACAUAGUUUCAAAAGGGCUGAUUUAGCUGGGAUUUCUGAGUUCUAUUGAAAUUGACAAUUAAUUUCAAUGUGACACUUUGUUUAGCCGUCAAUAAAGCAGAAUCAUAAGAAUUGUGUGUAAGAUUCGAUUAAAAAAAUUCCGAAUUUGACAUUCAGAAGCCAUUAUUAUUAAAAUGUGUGUUUGAAUGGAAGAAGGAAUUUUUUUUCGAAGAAAA